GGGAAGAAAACAGCAGUUCAGGUUCAUAAGAGUCAGAGGCACGUACACACAGAGGAAAAGGAACACUUUUUUUUUUUUUUUUAUUAUUUUUAUUUAUUUUUUCCAUAUUGCUACCUUCCUGGAAAUAAAGGAGGCCCUGCAACCUAACCGGAACAUGGAAAAGGAGGAAAUGUCUCCCUGGAAGAUGGGAUUGCUAAAAACUUUUGAGUCCUGUGAAUUUGGAAACUGGGAAAAGAUUGGAUCUGGUGGAUUUGGACAGGUUUAUAAAGUUCGACAUCUUCACUGGAAGACGUGGCUGGCAAUCAAAUGUCCUCCCAGUUUUCAUGUAGAUGACAAGGAACGUGGUGAGCUCAUAGAAGAAGCAAAGAAGAUGGAAAUGGCCAAGUUCCGCUACAUUCUGCCUGUGUAUGGUAUCUGCAAGGACCCUAUGGGCCUCGUGAUGGAGUACAUGGAGACGGGCUCUCUUGAGAAGCUGCUGGUCUCUGAGCCUCUUCCAUGGAACCUUCGACUGCGCAUCAUUCAUGAGAUCGCCGUAGGCAUGAACUUCCUUCACUGCAUGGCACCUCCACUUCUGCAUCUGGAUCUGAAGCCAGCAAACAUCCUGCUGGAUGCCCAUUACCAUGUCAAGAUUUCUGACUUUGGUUUAGCCAAAUGGAAUGGUAUUGCCAAUUCAUGUGACAUCAGUAUGGAUGGAUUCUGUGGUACUAUUGCAUACUUGCCACCGGAACGCUUCAAAGGGAAGACUCGGGUUUUUGACACCAAGCAUGAUGUGUACAGCUUUUCUAUCGUCCUCUGGGGGAUUCUGACCCAGAAAAAGCCCUAUGCAGAUGAGAAGAAUAUUUUGCAUAUCAUGGUCAAAGUGGUGAGUGGACUCCGUCCAGACUUGUCGGCAAUUCCCAAAUCAAAGGUAAAAUCUUGCACCAAGUUAAUAAGCCUUAUGCAGAAGUGCUGGAGUGAGUCACCUAAUAAGAGACCCACAUUUCAAGUUAUCACUUCUGAAACAGAGGACCUGUGUUUCAAACCUCAGGAAGAAUCAGUAGAGUCUUUGCUGGAGAAAAACGUUACUUCCCCAGAUAACGACCGCGAGGAAAUAUCCAUGCGCUCCCCAGUGAAGCAACCCUUUUCUCCUUUUGAUGAUAAAGACUACAGCCUUUCAGAGCUCUUGUCCAGGUUGGAUUCGGGUAUCUCACAGACAAUGGAACCAUGCCCAGAAGACCUGAGCCAGCAUUUUUCAGAAUCCAAAACUACAAGCAGCUGUAAACGCCUCUCUGGAGUUUCAUCUGUGGAUUCUGCCUUUUCAUCCAGGGGUUCUAUUUCUCUGUCUUUUGAGAGGGAAAAUUCUGGAAAUGAGGAUGACACUUUAGACCUUCAAAAGAAGAAACUGGCAGAUGCUAUUGUUGCUGGUGACACUGGAAAGCUGUUAAAGAUCCUUCAACCUCAAGAUGUUGACCUGUUACUAGAUGGCGGAUCUAGCCUUUUGCACAUGGCUGUUGAGACAGGCAAAGAAGAGGCUGUUAAAUUGUUGCUGCUCUACAAUUCCAAUCCAAACUUACCCAAUAAGAAAGGUUCUACACCUCUUCAUCUCUCUGUAGAGAAGAAAAUGAAGGGAAUCACUGAGCUCCUUUUAGGAAAGAAGGCCAAUGUAAAUGCCAAAGAUGAAGACCAAUGGACCCCACUACAUUUUGCUGCACAAAAUGGAGAUGAAACAAGCACUCGACUUUUGCUGGAAAAAACUGCCUCCAUGAAUGAGAUAGAUUUUGAAGGAAGAACCCCCAUGCAUGUGGCCUGCCAACAUGGGCAAGAGAAUGUGGUCCGUGUAUUUCUGAGCAGAGGUGUAGAUGUAAAUGCAAGAGGAAAGGAUAACUGGGCCCCCUUGCACUUUGCUGCAUGGCAGGGUCAUCACUCCAUUGUAAGACUUCUUGUGAAGCACUCUGGUACAGAUGUUAAUGUUCAGACAUCCAGUGGAAGGUCUCCAUUACACUUGGCGACACAAAGAGGGCACUACCGGGUUGCUCACAUUCUUACUGAAUUUCACGCUGAUGUUAAUUUACCAACAUUGAACCUGCAGACCCCAUUACAUACUGCAGCUGAAAGUGGUCGUACAACUACUUCACGCCUUCUUCUCAAGCACGGCGCAAAUCUGGAGACUGUAACAACAGAAGGCUGGACUGCCCUGCAUUUGGCCUGUCAGAAGGGCCACCUCAGUACUGUUAAAAUGUUCCUUGCACAGAAGGCAAAUGUCAGUGCAAAAGACUUGCUGGGGAGGACACCUUUCCAUCUCGCAGCUGAGAAUGGACAUUGUGAAGUCCUUAAUGAAAUAAUUGCUUUCACAGGAAGUGUAAAUGCACCUGACAAAGAACUUCCUACUCAUCUCACUGAAAGAAACGGACAUUCAAAUGCAGAAGAAGUCUUUCACAAGCACAGUACCAUUCCUGAUGUCUUCAGCACGGUCACUGCCCACUCUGAACACCAGGCUGAACUUGCUGAGGAGGCUGGUGGCAGUACCAUUAUCAAGCUGUUACAACAGCUGAAGGCAUCAUAAAAUGGGGCUAUAGCCGACUUGCAACAAAACUAGCUUGGCUACUUGGCAUAGUGGCAACUGCUUGGUAUUAAGACUGUCUGUUACAUGUUAAGCCUCACUCAGUAGAAGGCAGUCAUCCAUUUUGGAGAAGAUGACCCACAAAACAGGAUUUUGUGGAAGUUAUACUUUUACUUGACAGCUUGACAUUUGCAGUGACUAUGGAACUAACGAUUUGUUUUUCAAAUAUUGUCAGUAAAGGCUUGUCGGGCUGCAGUAUAUUAAGUGGAUGUCAGAUAAAAGUGCAUUUUUAUAUAGUACCUAUAGUAUGUAAUACACAGAGGACUAUAAACUGCUUAACAUAUAAUAUGGUCAUUCCUAAGACACCUUUUUUAAUAAUAGGGUAGUGGUCUGUUUGUGUGUUAAAAAUGCUGAUCCCUGAAACAGGAGAGCAGUAAAUAGAUUAGAAAAACAAAAAUGAAGAAAAUAAUGUCUUAGUGUAUAUCAUGUUAUGCCUGAAAAUGUACCACAAUGCAAGUAAUUCCAAUAUUUGUGGCACAAACAAAAUAAUAUUCAAAAGUGAAAUAAGAAAAAGAGAAGUAAAAAGAGAAACAAACUCAAACUGCACAAUUUUGAAAUAUCACAUAUUGUUAAAAUGAGUUUAUAAACUGCUGUAUAUAAUGUAAAGAUGUUUAAUUGGAACAAAAAGAAGCAAACUGAAUGUACCAGCCAUCAUGGUCGGACAGCUCAGAGUAGUUCACAUGGAGUAUGCUUUCUUACACUUUGGCACACUUUUCAUGCAGUGGUAGUACCUGUUUAAAUGCAUUAGUGAGCAUAUUACCUUUAUUUUUUCCUUUUAUCGUGCUUGCAUUUUCAUUACAAGAGAGAUCUUCUUAAUGUAUCUUGCCAUUUUCCCAUCAGUCUUCGCAUUCAUUAAAAAUCCCACUUUGACCACCAUGAAAGUGGAAAUAAAUGAUGGAUACUGACUUUGCAUUAAAACAGUUUUUUUUUCAAGUUUAAGGUUGUUAGACUUAAACAUGAAUCUACAUUUCCAGAUAAUUUUAUCUCUUGUUCAUUUUACAAUGAAUGUAUUGGACCCCUUGUGUAUAUGCUUUUUAUUUCAGCUAGACUGUUAACAUUUUCUAACAUGGCAAAGCAUAUGGAUCACUACCGCAUUCUUGAUGAUGAAAUGCAGGAUUUCCUUAAAAUAACAUUAGGCAGUAAAAUGUGUGUAUUCUACAUAGUUGCCACAGUAAUUGAGCUAAACCUUACUUAUCUUAUCAAAACCCCUUACCAGAAACAAUUCUUGAGAGUUAACAUGUGGACUGUAAGACAGGACUGUUUGAGAACAUACAGAACAACAUUUGAUAACAUUAGAAAACAUUUUUAAUCCCAUCAAAUUUUUAAUCCUCGUCCAGCACAAGUACCUAUAAAUGUAAAUCAAAAAGGAUUUGUAAAAACUUUAAUUUAAAAAUUAAUUGACAAAAUGAGAUAAUCAGUGGAUGAUCCUAUAAAUUUUAACAUAGUCUCCUGAAACAAAGUUCCUGUAAUUCAUUCCUUUUGUUGAGAUAUAGUCUCCAAAUGUUACUGCAGUGCAAUACAUACUGGCAAAUUAACCACAUCCUGUAAUUUUUCAUGCCAAAAGAGAUGCAUAUAUUUUUCAGCUCAAUGUCAUCCAGCAGUUCAAAAAAGGUGUGCGACUACCUCAACAGCUUUAUUAACUUUGUGUCACAUUCACGAUAAUGUUUGAUAAUCCUUUGCCUAAAUUUCACUUUCUUUGAAUGAAACUAAAACUCUUCUCCUCCCCUGGGUUUCCAGUCCAAUGCUGCAAUGAUCCUUUCUUGUGACAAAUCAUAUGUAGCAAAGACUGUGAAAGUAUGGGUGUGCUUAACCACACUUACCUGUCAGUUAAGCAGUCAGCUCAAGACCAGCACCUGUAUGCUAAGGCAUUCUUUGAUGUUUGUCAUUUUACUAGAAGUAUGUAAACAGCAAGACUGAGGAGUCGCAGCACAGUUUUUUGUGCAUUAUUUUACCAACCACUGUCUAAAAUUGUGGGCGAACCCUGCACAAAACAUAGUGAUACCAAAAAAAGUGUAAAUUUCAGUAGCUGUCUGAAUCAACUAAAAUGGCCACAGUAGGAAAGCAAGUGCCACUAAGAUAUGUCUCAAAGGAGAAUAUCCUCAACUAAAGGAGCCAAAAAUGUAACUUCCUCAAAGGGACAAAGUUGUAUUAUCUAUGCUUUUCAUGUAUGCCACUUAGGUUCAUUUUUGUGUGUGAAGGUAUAGGAAGGUCAUGCUUUGCAAAGUCAAAAAGGGAGCCCAUUAAGGCUCAUCAUGCUUUUUAGAAACCUUUAGGUCCAUUAAGUCUGCUUGCAUCUUGUUGCUGAUCCACUGCAAGUGCCCCCUCCCUUUCCAUAUUAAGCCCCCCCCCAUAUGAGAUAACUCUAAAUCAUUUUUGUAGCUAUGUGCUCAACUCCUCCCAAAACGUAUGUUCCACAGCUCCACUGCUUGUUUUGUGAAGUAAUAUUUCCUGAUGUUGCUCUUGAAUCUUCCCUUGUCCUGUUUCUUCUCAUCUCUCUUCUUCUCACCUUCAUCUUAUAUACUACAUACCUACUCACAGAUGAUGCACUGCAUCUAUAUAGCCUUCCCUUGUAUUUCACAUCUUCCAAUCACCUUAACAAAUUAAACAUUUAUUGUGUCAUUCUGGCAACCAAGUUAAUGCCCCUUUCCCAUUGUGGCCUCCAGAAAUGAACACAAUAUUGCAAAUGAAGCUUUGGCUGAGGCCUGUUUGGGUGGGGGGUGGGGGGGG